AUGAAUAAAAUUACGGGCGCGUGUUUCCUGCUGUCGAUGGUGCUACUGCUGCAUCAUGUAUCUGCCGAGCAUAAGAAGCCGGAUGACAAACCCACGCGAAUUGAUAAUGUGGACGGGGACAUGAUUAAACCGCUGCAUGAUAUUCUUGGCGAGUUGGAAGGAUUGAGAAUUCGAAGGGCUGCCCAGGGAGGAAGUGGCGGACAGGGAGGACAGGGUGGUGGUGGUAGUGGUAACGGAGGACGCCGUGGACCUCCAGAUGGUGGCCAGGGACAGCGUGGCGGACAGGGUGGACAGGGUAGUGGAGAAAACUAA